AUGGUGUGGAAGUCUGGCAUUGGGGGUCUUGGUAAUGAAGAGGUCAGUUACCAUGUUAAUAAGGGGUGCUCUGUGCACAGGCCUCACAUCUCCAUAGCUGUGAGGAUCAAUUCAUCGGAAGGUUUGAUCCUCUACGCGUCAGGUGGCAUCCUGUCUUUGGCUGUGUCGGAGGGUCAUUUGCUGUUGUCACUGGGAAAGAAGAGGAAGGUUAGCCUGCGCAGCCGCACCAGGAUGGACGACAAAUACUGGCACACGGUAUUCAUUAAGCGUGACAAGGACAAGAUCAAUAUGAUUGUGGAUGGCGUUGGCGCUCAGUCCAGGAAGAUUCCUGCAGGAGACCGCACACGCAUCAGUGCACCGUUGUAUGUGGGAGGAGUUCCGCCGCAAUCUCCAACGUCUACUGCCUUGCCUGGCUUCGUUGGCUGCGUUCGUCAGCUGAUCAUGAAUGAGAGCCCUGUGGGAGUCCCCGCCCACAGCCAGGGUGUGGUACCCUGUUUCCAGAAGCCUCUGCAGCCCGGUGCCUUCUUCACCGGCAAGGGAGGACAUGUGGUCGUCGAUGAGCUGCUAGCUCUGGGUGGCGACCUGGAGAUCCGACUGGAAGUCCGUCCGUUGUCCGAUUCUGGGUUGCUGUUGCAUGCUGGGAGGACAUCAGGCCAGCAUUUGAUCUUGACACUGCGCAGAGGAGAGGUGCUGCUGUCCAUGAACAGCGGUAAAGGUGAUGCCUUGUUGUUGUUGGUCCCAGAAGAGGCACUCUGCAAUGGACGUUGGCACACCAUCGCAGUGGUAAAGAAGAAGAACGUCCUGAAACUCCAUGUAGAUGCAGAGAGUCAGAGUGGCGCCGGACCCAAAUAUGGCCGCUCAGCAGGGGUCAGAGAAGUAGUAUACCUCGGAGGCGUUCCCGAUGGCAUCACCGCAUCACCAGGCCUCCCCGCUUUCCACGGCUGCAUCCAUCAUGUGAUAAUCAACGGUCGCCCCACUCCUUUCAACAAGGUUCUGUCAGUUGGCGGUGCUGUGGGGACACACGGCUGCCCUAUUGAUUAGCACCAACACACGUGUAUGUGUGUGUGUCUGUAUACAGUCUUAGCUUCACAUUCCAUGGGUGCAAAUUAAUGAUGGUGGGUGGCAUUUGAUUAGUUUAUUUAUAUCUAUAUUAAUGCACGUAUAUCCGAUAUCCACACGGUGCUCCGGUUUGUGCAUGCACUUGUAUGUACACUGCAAUCACCUCCACCUGCACACUAAAAUUCCCUCAAGUGUAUGACAUUAUUGCAGCAUAUCAUUGCAAUCCACAAAUACCUCAUGCAUAUUUGGCCUUCUGGCAGUGAAGUGCUGUCUUUGUCUGAUUACAUCCCAACAUGUACUUUUGGCUGGAAGGGGGGCACGAUCACAUGAUGUGAGCAUGUGCACCGCGUUAAUGUUUCAUGUAUUCACUUUUGUUUCUUGUUAUGCUAUGCUAAUCACAUUCACCUUAGGUUUUUCAUGUACUUUGAAAUUAAACUUGUAAACACAAUAAUGUUUUCUUUAUUUCUUUACAAUUAAUAAAUAUGAAACCUGUUUGAGAAAAUUA